AUGGAAAUUGAUUAUCGGACUCGUUUAACAGCAAUGUUGGAUGUGACACGCUUUCUAUUGAAGCAAGGGUUUCCCUUUCGUGGACAUGAUGAGUCAACUAGUUCUUCAAAUAGAGAGAUCACACUUGCUAUAAUCAAUGAUAUUGGAGAUAAAUUCUUUUCUUUGAUGGUUGAUGAGGCUCGGGACAGUUUAGUGAAGGAGCAUAUGAGAGUUGUUUUGAGGUAUGUGAAUAAAAAAGGAUAUGUGAUUGAACGAUUUCUUGCAGUUGUGCAUGUGUCUGACACUAGUUCUCAUUCUUUGAAAAUGACUAUUGAUGCUUUAUUUGUGCAACAUAGUUUAUCAUUAUCUAGAUUGAGAGGCCAAGGAUAUGAUGAAGCUUCAAAUAUGUGUGUGAUAGAAGUGUUAGGAAAUGUACAUGAUGACGCCUCUUAUUCUGCGAAUAAAGGGGAUCAAAAUAUUGUUCAAGUCAUGUCCUUGGUCAAAAAUGUGAAAUGUCGACUACAAGACUUCAGGGAAGAUGGAUGGCAGAUAAUUUUGGAACAAGUUAACACAUUUUGUGAAUUGAAUAUGAUUCCAAUACUUGAUAUGGAGGACAACAUGCUAACUCGUGGUCAUGGUAGGCGUAGAGGGCAACUCAUCACCAAUUUUCAUCAUUAUCGUGUGGAGAUUUUUUGUCAGGUUAUGGAGAAUUGGUCGAGUAUUAAGUGGGACAAGGGAAAGGCUCUCGAGUUCUAG